AAACGGAUGCUCCUUAUUUCCCAGGUUGACAGAGGGCCCCCCCCAGACACCUACCUGGUGUAUCCACCAGGAAGGGUGGAUUUGGAGGUGACUUCAAAAAUAGUGGAAGGUAACAUGGGCUCAGCAAUUUGAACCCUGAGCCACUAGAAAUGGGGGUGACUUGGUGAGAAAAAAAAAAGGUAUUGUCUAGAGACGGAGUCUGAUAACCCCUUCUCGCUGAACAGGAACAGCCUGGAUAUUCCAAGACAUAGUUUGGGGGGAUUUCAGUGGGGAAAAGUGGGAGAUCCUCUUCACUUCGAGGGUGGCAAAGUUGGGUUCUUCCCUGACACUGGCAGGGCCCCAGCAGGGGUGGGGUGAGCUAAUAUUCCCAACGCUAAGGAUCCACAUCCUUUAGACUAUAAAAGUGGAUUUGGCAGGAGUUCAGGGGCCCUGAAAUAGGGUGAAAAGAUGCCUGGGGAUGCUGGAACCACAUAUUGGAAAUGUUGAGGGUUAUGACUUUGGGAUAGGGUAAGUGGGGACAGAGAUACUGGGGAGCAGGGGAGGGGGCAAAAGUCCAGGGUGGGGUUGCCUGAGGGGUACAUAGGCUGCUGGAUCCAGUGGAGCUAGCAAGGGGGCCCGAGGGUGAGAGCUGACGCUUUGGGGGGGGGGGGUGCUGAGGCUUGUCCCUAAGGUCCGGUGGGUGGGGCGGUGAGUCGGGAAAGAGCGUCAAGAGCAUGCCGUGGUGAGCGGGCUUCUCUGGGGGAGCCCAGCGCGCUCCCAGCGCCUGCUGGUUUGGGGGUGUCUCCUCCCGGGGCGCCAUGGGGGCCCUGGCCAGUAGCCUGAUCCGGCAGAAGCGGGAGGUCCGCGAGCCCGGGGGCAGCCGGCCGGUGUCGGCGCAGCGGCGCGUGUGUCCCCGCGGCACCAAGUCCCUUUGCCAGAAGCAGCUCCUCAUCCUGCUGUCCAAGGUGCGACUGUGCGGGGGGCGGCCCGCGCGGCUGGACCGCGGCCCCGAGCCUCAACUUAAAGGCAUCGUCACCAAACUGUUCUGCCGCCAGGGUUUCUACCUCCAGGCAAAUCCCGACGGGAGCAUCCAGGGAACCCCAGAGGACACCAGCUCUUUCACCCACUUUAAUCUGAUCCCCGUGGGGCUCCGUGUGGUUACCAUCCAGAGUGCCAAGCUGGGUCACUACAUGGCCAUGAAUGCUGAGGGGCUGCUCUACAGCUCGUUCCCACAUGGAUCAGAAGUUGGCCCUCCCAGCCUGAAAUGUAUGGAUUAUAUUUUGGCUUGUUCUUCCCAGGGCUCCCUUCUGUCCAGUGAUGUGUCUCUUUGUCUCUUUGUCUGUGUGUGCCUUCCUGGGUCUUUGUCUCCUCAGCAACAUUUCACAGCUGAGUGUCGCUUUAAGGAGUGUGUCUUUGAGAAUUACUAUGUCCUGUACGCCUCUGCUCUCUACCGUCAGUGCCGUUCUGGCCGGGCCUGGUACCUAGGCUUGGACAAAGAGGGCCGAGUCAUGAAGGGAAAUCGAGUCAAGAAGACCAAGGCAGCUGCCCACUUUGUGCCCAAGCUCCUGGAGGUGGCCAUGUACCGGGAGCCUUCUCUCCACAGUGUCCCCGAGACUUCUCCUUCCAGUCCCCCUGCCCCCUGAAAUGUAGACCCUGGACUGGACACUCCUGCACUUGCACCGGUCUAGCCACCGCCACAGCCUGUCUCCCAGCCCUGCUCCUGGACCUGCUCUCACCCCAGCGGCCAUACUCAUGCCCUGAGCAGCCAGGUCCCACCAGGUGCUCUACCCUGAGGGAGCCUAGGAACUGCUGAAACCCUUAGAUGCUUGGAUCUUAGAGGUGAAUGUUUGAAAAUGGUCCUGGCUGAUCACUUCUUUCCUUCCACACUUAUACCCCCCGCCCCCCCCCCGCCCCGCACAAAGCCUUUUCCUAAGAUGGCACUGCGGGGUUCCAAACAGAGAACAGGACUCAAAUACUCCCCUCCCCAGGCUCAGCCAGUUCCUGGAGCCCUUUUCAUGGCCUCUGAGCCAUAGAUUUAUAGAUCUACUGGAGCUCAGGGUUAGUGUCCUUUCCCUACUCCACCUUCUGCCUUGUUCUGAACAGGUUCUGCAACACCAGGCACCUCAGCCAGGGCCAUUUCUGCACUAAGGCUCUGUGCUGGAUCCACCAGGCUUCCUCAACCCAGACAGACCCCGGGUUUCCAAGCAGAGAGAGGCUGGAUUUGAGCCCUGUCCAGCUCUUGGCCUUGGCCUGAAUUGGGGCCAGUCUCAGAUUACUACAGGUUUAACUUUUUUUAUCCCAGAGAUACCCAAUACUAGAGCAUGGUGUUCUAGACACAUAUGGAGCCAUACUUCCUUCUGAACCUCAGCUCUAGAAUAUAGACCACGACUCUCCACCCUUCCCUCCAGGAUGGAACUGGGGCCUAUAUAGCCAUAUUAUUGCUCUAGAAUCUAGACCCAUCCUCCCAACUUCUCUAGUGAUACCUAUUAAGAAUGAGUUCUGGGAAGGACCCAGCUAUUAUUCAAAAAGAAUUAAGUCCUGGAUGAAUUAAUAACUACUUCUUGUUUUACUUAGAUAAUUUUCUAUAAAUCAUACUCUUCCUCCUAGAGAAUGCUAACCUUAUUUUUACAUGCAGUUUAAUCCAGCUGGGGCCAGGGAAAUAAAUCUGUAGAAGGGCUGAGGAGUUUUAGAAGGAAUCCAUGGCUCAUUGUGGGGGAGCUAGGAUGGGGAAGGGGUCAAAAUCAUGACUUAAUUGGACCUGUGUCUGGGUUUGGGGGACAGGAACACAGCUACCUCAGCAAGAAUUCCUUCCAGAUCCCCUCUAAAGCUGAGGUCUUUAGGAAAUGGGUCUAGAAUAAAAAGAAUAUGACAUAGACCUUACAGUAUACAGAUGAUGUGUUGUAGAAUUGUGCACCUGAAACCUGUAUAAUUUUGUUAACCAGUGUCACCCAAUAAUAAUAAAAAACAUGAUAUAGACUUGACCAUCCCAGUGAAGAUACCCCAAUUCAGCAAUAAGUCCCACCACUCUCCCCUAAGUCAGGACAAGGAGGGUGAGGGCCUCUCUUGGGUUCCAGAACUCAUAUAACCCCAGAGCUUCUACCUGAAUAGAACUUGCUUUACUUUACAGCUUAUAACCUCAGCUGUGUGUUAGGUACCUAACAAGGGCCUGACUAGAUUCUUCUGAAAAAACAAAAAACCACGGAGAGCUAGGGGCAGGCCUGGAAAAGAUCAGGAACCUACUAGUGAACUAGGAGGUGGGCUCUGGGCAGCCUCAGACCUGGGCAGGGGAGACUGGGGAGGCCUAAAGGGAGGGCUAGAGGGGUUGAUGCUUCCCUCCCCCCACAUAGACACCGCCCGGGCCCCACCGUGUCCUGGCUCUGCUCCCGGGGCGCCAGGGUCCACUCCCUGCAUUCUCACAUAAAGAAGAUUUAUACAACGGA